AUGCUUCUUGAAUUUGAAAAUAUAGCAGAAAAGGAAAAGUUUUUGAACGAAGGACGGGAGAUCUGGCAACCUUGGUUCAAAACGAUAUCAGCCUGGGAAGAGGUGGUCAUUCCAGAAGAAUGCAACACAAGCUCUCCUAAUCUGGCAUUCGGAAGGGUCGGGAUACUUACAUCACACCCCGGAAUCAUUAGUUCCUCCAUCAAAAUCUUGGUGGAUGGGAAGCCAUUCCAAAUAAAUAUCUUGGAAGACAUUUUCGAAUCCCGCAAACUCAGUCCGGUGCUUGCUGCCAAUGAUUUCUACCAGAAAAUGUCAUGGUGGGAUGAAGAUAGUAUUGGAGAAAAUGGCAGCUUCAACAGUGAUGCCCCUGCUCUCCACGAGGUUGGCUUAAUGUCACCGGAAGCAUCUCCGGCGAAAGACCAGCAGUCACAUGAUAGGGAAUAUGAAAAGUCGCAAGCAAAUAUUCCAGGCUCGGGAACCAAUGCGUCUCCUCGUCUCCAUAACACCUUGGAACUCCCGCGUGAAGAAUUUACGUCAUCUGAUGCAGGUAGCGACACGGCGGGUGUGCUCUCCCCUUUGGGCCAAAAUAGAAUGCGGGCUUCCCCCUCUCCUGUAAUCAAAAUACAUCGGCCCACUCGCUCCUUGGACCUAAACAGGGCCCCAUCUCGGUCUUUCCCAUCCGUAUCCAAUGACCAGUUUAGGUUCCAUUCCCUUAGGCCUCUCUCUCCGUCGAGGUCUCGCCCUCAUACUCCCUCAUCUCCGUCUAGAAUUCCCCCUUCCUUCUCCCACCCCAUCGGCGACGCCCAUCAAUUACAAGGAACCUCGACCAGGUCUCUUCAGGUGCCCCACCAAUCAACCUCGCAGGCCAUAACCGCUGAGUCAAAUGCCACUUCCUGGGAGGUCGCCAAAACAAUCACAGUGGGUGAAUCUGUUGGUUUCCAGGAAACGAAGUCCUCAGAGGUGAAGAACAAACUAGACAGUCAAAUUUGGGGCUCUCCAAACUUCCAGUGCGAGGUUAUUGACCCGGUGGGGUUAUCUGGUGGAAUAGCUUCCAUAUGGGACCCCUCCUUUUUCCAGGUUUCUGAAUCAAUAAAAGGUGUCGGCUUUCUUGCCAUAAAAGGAAUUUGGCUUAGGCUAAGAAAAAAUUGUUGUCUUGUAAACGUGUACGCCCCUCAAGAUCCUUUGAGGAAGAGAACCUUGUGGAACAAUUUAUUUGAUCUCAUCAAUUCAGACCUAGACUCCUGUUGGACUCAUCCUGACAGUACAUGGGCUUUGGUGAUAAAAGCCAUCCAUGGACCUGAUGGUGGUCUUUCCCGCCCUUUGGCUGCAAAAAGGAGAAGUGGCUGCUGGGGGUCAAUAGCCUGCCUCCCUCUAUCUUUAGAAAAAGAUCAGGUUCCUUUCUUGAAUCACCUCCGGCAAGUACAAAAUGUUGACGGCUCAAGAAAAUGGACAUGGUCUCUUGAAUCCUCGGGGGUAUAUACGGUUUCUUCUAUGCGCUCUCUCAUCGACAAUAUGGUCCUCCCCCACAGUGGCAAAAUAUGGAAGUGGAAUCCUUUAGUCCCGGGUAAGGGUGAACAUCCUAGCUUGGCGAGUCUAUCAUGGGAAACUUCCAUGUAUGCUGAACCUUUUCAAUCUUGGCAUUAG